UAUUAGCUUGCUACAUAUUCUUAAAGUGAUCUGUGCAAGAAAUUUUGGACACAAACACCAGAUAUUGGCUAAAAGUUUUUAGCCUAAAACCUGCUAAAAAAACCUGAGGGAGCCAUCACUGAAGAAAUUAAUUUAUUCUAUCUUCAAUUAAAAAAUGUCUAGCAAUAACUUAAAAACUGAGAGCAUUUACAAUAUUUAUUCAGAAAGCUUUAAAUUAAGUGUAAAUAAAGGAUUUGCAAUACUCCAGCAACAGCAAGAAUUUGUGGAUUUAACUAUAGCAUCAGGAGGAUACUUAGUCAAAGCUCAUAAAAGCAUAAUAGCACUAGCUAGCCCUUACAUUAAAAGCAUUUUACUAUCAACACCAUGUCAACAUCCUGUAAUUUUUUUUAGUAAUAUUUCACAUAGAGUAUUAUCAUUUAUAUUGGAAUUUGUUUACACUGGUGAAGUACAAGUUCCUUGCGAUCUCUAUGAAUCUUUUAUACAAGCAGCUAAAGAUAUGCACAUUGAUGGACUCGAUAAACUAAAUGCUGCAAUGGAUCUCAAUAGAUUACCUCUCAAUAAAACUGCAGUCACAGAUGAUUUUGAUACAAUUUCCUUGAAUAUACUAAAUGAACCAGUUUCUAACAAAAUUAGCAGAUCAGAUGAAACUAAUGAGGUUGUUGUAAAUAUGGAACAUGAAAAUAAUUUCACAGAGAAUUUAUACAGUAGCCGAGGUACUAAUAUUAUACAGGAAAAUUAUUUAGAAAGUUCACCAAAGAGAAAUGUAAUUACAAACCCUGAUGAGCCUAUCUGUCAUGAAAGUUUGUACCCUGCAUGUGAAAAUGUAUAUUUAAGUAAUCAUGUAGAUCCUGUGGGGCAAGUUAAUACAAAUCUGAUUAAUCUAACUACAGUGGGGGAUACCCAGGAUAGUAACACUCCAGUGCAACAUACAUAUUCCCCUGUUGAAGAAUCUCAGGAACAAGUAAAAACACCAGAAAAAUCUCAACCUUUUUAUACGACAUCUAUAAGGGGUUCUAUAAAGAUGAUAUUAAACCGUUAUGUUUAUAAUCUGCAUCAUCAAUCAAAUAAUGGCUGUAACCGACGAUGGCGGUGCAUUGACUAUCGUAGAAAACACUGUCCUGCCUAUGUUGAUACACGUGAUGAGAUCAUCAUUAGUAGGUAAUAUCAACUGGACUGCAAUUGUACUUAUUAUGACCUAUUUAACAAAUAUGUAGCGGCAUAGCGUGGUGGUGGCAGGAGCGCCCUGGUAGCAAAAUUAUAUAAUUAUUUGUAUAAUUAAUUCGGUUGCGUCAAGAUAAUUAAUAUAAGACGAAAGAAAUCAAGAUAAAAUCGCUAGUAGUAUUAGCGUUAAAAAAGUGGCCAAGAAUUGCAUUGCUUCCUAUUUCCUUCCCUUCCCUAAAUUAUACAAUCAUCGUAACAUUUUGUCUCAUUAAAAAAAUUAAAAAUGUAUUUUAAAGUGGGAAAACCAAAUUGUGUUUUGAAGCAAUAUGGAUAUAUCGAAAUAAAAUUAAAAAAAAACACUCGGGCGCCAGACCUACCUCGAUAGACUCGCCGGAAGAGCAUUGAACUAUUAAUCGCAAGGGGGAUGAUAGAAAAUCUAAACUCACUUUGGGUUGUCUAUAUAUACUGAAAUUUCUAACUAUUUGCCAAUGAUUUUUCUUGAAUUUGGAAGCUAGUUCUAAUUAUCAUCUUAUAUUUAUAAUCUUUACCUGAAUUUCACAUAUGGAAUAAUUUUCUCUUACUGAAUAAAUUCCUUGUUAUAAUUAAUUUACAUGCACUCACUAUCCUCGCUGCAUCUUUGUUAUGAGUUGAAUGUAUUUGAAAGAAGUGGCCUCGCUUCCUUGCAAUGACAAACAGUUAUUGCAUGGUCCAAUAUAUAUUAAAUAUUCUAUAGUACAAAAAACAAGCAAAGUUUUUCAAAGAAAUUAAACGAACAAGCCGACAGCCAUCUCCACGGCAAACUACCGUCUCUUGCAUUAAAAAUUAUUGAUAAUCUUUUAAGAUUAUUCAAUAUUAAAUAAGAUUACGUCUUGAAAUGGAAACAUUACGGCGUGAAGUAACGUUAAAAUUUUCUUCCUUUUGUACUUUCCAAACGGCAAGCAAAGGAAUCAGUCGAGAUAAAACCUUGUUAAGCCACAGUAAAGAAAAAAAAAAUAGCGAAAGCUAUCUAUGGAAAAGGAGAACCAGUGAGACAACCUUAUCAGAGGCCUUCGAUCUCUCUUUUCAACCAAACAAAACUCAUGUGACAUUUUUAACACGUUACGAUUUCGGUGGCCAUUGGUCCUGACGUUAGGAUGGUUAGUCACUGACACAUAUAAAUCGUGCUGGCUGUUUGUAAUUACAACAAUUUUCUGAAGUAUAUUAGAAGCGGUUUUCUGAGAUCGCGCUCGUCGUCUGGGGUUGCGGGUCAUAUAAACUUCCACCCAUUUAAAGGAUGAUUUCUGGGAUAAAAACUAUCCUAUGUCCUUACACAGAACUCAAAACUAUCUCUAUACCAAAUUGCAUCUCAAUCGGUUUUGCGGUUUAAGCGUGAAGAGAUAACAGAUAGAAAGACAGACAUUUAUACACUUUAGAAGAUAGUAGCUCUUCGACAUCGAUGUUUGGCCAAUGUUAAUCUCACUGAGCCUGUGUGUCCGCUUACAACCCUACCUACCUUGGACUCCCUAACCUAAUUAAAUAAUAUGUCAAUUUUUGUUAUUGCAGAAAAAACCUUCAUAGCCACGAAUUUCACGAUAGUAAAAUAGUAUCAACUGCUGCAAAGAAAAACUUCUUCACAAGUUUAGGCGAAAUGAAGAAGAUAGACAAAUAAUGUUUAUUGCGUUUGAACUUGUUAGAAAACACUUGAAAAUUUAUAAGUAGUAAAAAGUCUCUUUAUGUAUUAUUUAUGCGCUUCGUAGAAUCUUGUACCUAACACGGGAAUAUUUUUAACUUUGAUCGAAAUCGACUUACGGAAGUGAAUAUUAGGGCGAAAUUACCGAUUCUUUCCGAGUUUACUAGGGCAUCCUCCGAAGUCCACGCAUAGGUACCUGUAUUAUACAGAUCUUGUAGCGCGUGGCAGAAUUCGGACUAAUUUUAGAAAGGUAUAAAUAAGCCUUUUAUAUGUCAUGUUGUUACUCUUUCCAAGAUAUUGUAAAUUGUAUAUUUCCCUUUACUGAGGAGAUUUUACGUACUUUGUUAUCCUCAUUUCAUCACUUAUUCACCAGCAGCGCCCUCCUGUCAGUGUCAUAAAAGCGCCUUAACAUCUUGGUGGCACUGUAUGAGGCAUGCUGCAAAAACAACCUUUUACGCAGUAACAAGCUCAGUGUAGAUGGCGCCAGCGGUUCAAGACCAGCUGUCAAAUCAUUUUGCUUUGUUUACAAAGGCUUUUUACAUUUAUAAUGAUAUAAGCAGAACAAGCUUGUAUUAGUUAAGAUGUAAGUAUUAUACAUUCACGUUCUUUGCUUUGGGACCCGCCUAAGCGUCAUAACUAUAGUUGAAUUAAUGCUACGUAGCCCAGGAUUAAAGGCAAGGCGGGCUGUGGCCCACAAUUAGAGGAUUCGAUCCCGGUCAUAUUUUAGUCCCGAAAUUUUCGGGAUUAAAUGUAAUGAACCCCGGGAUUUUCGGGAUUGCUAUAUUUUUAUAUAAGUCAAUAAAAAUGUGCGUGAAACGCGCUUACUUGUCUUGGACGGUCAUCUUAUUUACACAGCUAUCUUCAAUUAUUUUUGCCAACGACCGGUACCGGAUUAUGUGUAAAAGUGUGUAAAAAUUCCGCUUCACUUUGUGUAAGUUUUUUUAGUUAAAUGGUGAUAAUCAAUGAAUUUAUUAAAAAACAACCAACGCAUUAAUGUGUCUGAGUAAAUAUAGAUGACUAACGACGAGUGUUAUUUUCUAUAGCUCUAAGAGGUUAUGUUUAUGUUGUGCAUAGACUUAAAUGUUCUUUUCAUUUUGGUUUAGGUUUAAGAAGUAAACAAUUUCAUUAUCCAAAGAAGUUUUGAUGACAAGCAUAAAAAAGAUGAAGAUGUUUCGUCAGUGAGGAGUUUUUUUUUUUAUGUUAUAGGGGGCAUACGAGCAGACGGCUCACCUGAUGGUAAGUGAUCACCGUCGCCCAUGGACACUUGCAACACCAGGAGUAUCACAAAUGCGAUGCCGGCCUUUAAGGAAGGAGUACGCUCUUUUUUUGAAGGUUCUUGGGUCGUAUUGGUCCGGAAACACUGCUGGCGACAACAUAUUCCACAGUUUUGUCGUACGAGGUAAAAAAUUUCGACAAAAACGCACGGUUGUGGAUAGUCACGCAUCAAGAUGAUGGGGAUGAAAUUUUUGUCGCGAUGUACGAUGGCGAAAUGCAGCAGCUGGAAUUAAUCCGAACAAUUCCUCAGAACACUCCCCGUGAUAAAUGCGAUAGAAGAUGCAGAGUGAAGCUACAUCCCUACGCAAAGCCAAAGGAUCAAGCUGAUCGGAAAGGUCCUGGUCGUCGACGAUUCGAGCCGCUCGGCGCUGGAUGCGAUCCAAAGGGAGAAGCUGGUACUGGGGUGCCCCCGCCCAAAGAUGAGAGCAGUACUCCAUGUGAGGCCGAACCUGUGCCUUAUAAAGCUGCAGUCGGUGGGCCGGUGUAAAGUACAUUCUCGAUCUAUUGAGCACACCAAGCUUCUUAGAGGCCAAUUUGGCCUUGCCCUCUAAAUGAUCCCGAAACUGGACGUCGCUCGAUAUUUCAACGCCAAGAAUUCCAAUACUAGCUGAGGCAGUUAGAGGAGUGUUCUCAAAAAGAGGAGAUACGACAAAUGGUAUUUUUUUGCGGUGAACGCGCAUACUUGUGUCUUCGUAGGGUUAAAUUGGACUAGAUUAAGUCGGCCCCAAUUCGUUACUCGGUUUAACAAAGUUUCGACUUCAGACACAAGUUUGUUCCGGCACUCGAUGACGUUUUCCCGUGAAAUGUUGGCGCGGCCGGUAUAUAGGGCAUCACCCGUGCUGUCGUCUGCAUAGCAAUGAAUGCCAUCAAUUUGAAGCAUAUCAUUGAUAUGAAGAAGAAACAGCGUAGGCGAUAGCACACAGCCUUGUGGAACACCAGCGUUUACGGAUUUGGAGUCCGAGCAUGCACCGUCGACUGCGAUCUUGAUGCUCCUGUCCGCAAGAAAGCUAGUGAUCCAAACGCACAGCUUUUCAGGAAGCCCAUAAGAAGAAAGCCAAUGCUUCCCCCUUGGUCUCGAUCGCCUUUGCCCAACGAUGAGUCAGGUAUACUAGUAGAUCACCAGCCGAGCGACUCUGACGGAAACCGUACUGGUGGUCACUGAUCAGUUGAUGGUCCUCUAGGUACCGCAGGAGCUGGCAAUUUAUAAUGGACUCCAUUAUCUUGGAGAACAAGGAGGUGAUGGCUAUAGGCCUAUAAUUAGUAGGGAGUGAGCGGUCGCCUUUUUUAGGAAUCGGGUGCACUAAAGCUGUCUUCCAUAAGUUCGGAUCGACAUCUAAAGAGUAGGAGAGCCGGAAAAGACGCGUUAGUACCGGAGCCAACUCAGGAGCACACGUCUUCAGCACAAUUGGUGAGAUUCCAUCAGGCCCGCUCGACUUGUGGAUGACAAGGGAAAAGAGUGCUUUACGCACUAAGCUUUGUGUGAACCGGAUCUCCGGCAUAGAGCUCUCACACCGUGGGAUGGUCGGCGGUAUGUAUCCCCUGUCAUUUAGAGUCGUGUUGGACGCAAAGAGUGAGCAUAAAAGAUCCGCUUUCUCUUUUGCAGUAUGGGCCAUUGAUUCGUCGCCAUUGUGCAGGGGUGGAAGGGAUGGCUUACAGAAAUUUCCUUCAACAGCCUUGGCAAGAGACCAAAACGCGCGUGUUCCAGAGGGAAGUUUUAUUAAUCUCUCGCCAAUGCUGCUAAUGUGCUCCGACUUCGCUCUGGCAAUUACUCUUUUGCAGGACCUGGAGGCCAAGUUAUACUUCUUUUUGAGAUCGCUAGUGUUGUUAUUCCCGACCGCCGCUGCGUUUGCCCAGGCCUGAUAACACAUCUGUUUUUGGCGAGAUGCCAGUUUACAGUAGUGACCAAACCAAGGCUGGGUUUUUCCACCAAUGGGAACCACAGAGGAAGGAACAAAAAGUUCCAUACCCUGAAGGACAACAUCGGCGACAGAAUCGGCAGCGACGUUGGGAUCAUUCUGCGAGAAGCAAACCUGGCCCCAAGGGUAGGAUGAAAAGAAAGUGCGCAUCCCAUCCCAGUCUGCUGACAUAUAGUGCCACACACGACGACAGCCAGCAAAUUGCGGCCGCGGUGAGUAAGUGAGUGGCACCAUACUCCGGAUUAGACAAUGGUCCGAGGAGCCAAGAGGGGCAUCUAUGGACACUUUGUAAUUAUCCGAAUGUGAAGUCAGCAGAAGGUCCAACAGUGAAGGUGUAUAGUCUUCGACAUCUGGGAUUCGCGUAGGCGAGGUGACCAGUUGUGUCAGACCAAGGCCAAGGCGAAGUCGUGAAGAGAUCUGCCUGCAUGAUCGGUAGUGGGCGAUCCAAGCCAUUCGGAUUGGUGGGCAUUGAAAUCGCCAAGGAUCACAAUUUCAGAUGAUGGGAUCUGCUGAAGCACGGAGUCUGUAGCCACCUGGACGUGAUCAUAGAGUCGGUCAAUUUCGGUAUUUCCGCUAUGGGACCUGUAGAGGCAGGCGUCGACGCGGGGAUGGUCAUCGACGUCUACACGCAACCAUAAGAUGGAGAGGUCCCUACCUUCAAAGUUGCUGAGGCGACGGAAACUGAUACCCUCUUUAACGUACACACAUACCCCAGCCCGUGGUACAAAGGAAUGUUCCAAAGUAUACCCAGGGUACUGGAGGUAGGAGGUGUCGUCUGGAGAGGAUAUCUGCGUCUCAGUCAAAAAAAGCAAGGCCGGCUGCACUGUCUGAAGGUGGUAGUGAACAGCAUUUAGGUUGGAGUGUAAGCCCCUGAUGUUGCAGAAAUCCACGUUAAACAUGGCAGGGGGUGUCGUAUGACGCUUGCUCUGGCCUCGAGCAGUUUCGGUAAUGAGCGCGGUUUCGCCCUCCCCAGAAUACGAAGGGCAGCCUCGACGUCCACGUCCAGAAGGAGACAGUUCUGGGCAUGGACGUCCAGAGGGGGAUUCUCCAGUGUGAAAACAGCUGGUACCCCCCUGGGGUAUUAUCCUAUUUAACUGGGCCAUCAUGAGGAAAGGGGGGAGGGGGGUUGGGCAUCCGGUAGCCUCACUUACUCGGCGAAACACAGCACAAAGUACUGCUUCACGCCGGUAUUCUGUGAGGUCGUGGUAUUCCUCCGGUCGAGCCGGCCCAUUCAUGCAGUAGCCUAAGCUACUGCGUGGCUCUCCCACGAUUGAGUUAUUUUUAGUCGAUAAAUCGGGUAACUAAGCACAAUGUAAGCGUUGAUUAGCUACUAUAAAGACCUUAGGAGGAUCAACCAAAGGCGUACAUACUCAUCUAUCUUCAAAACAUUCCGUGAAAGUAGAUUCUGCUAAGGCAUCUUCCUCAACGGGCCAAAAUUAUGAAGGACCUAUAGUCUUUUUUAUAGUAUAUCUAAACAAGUCUUAAGAAGCUGUUUUCUUUAAAGUUUGUUGUAAAAUAAACUAAGGAAACAAGGCAAUUUUGUAAAUAAUUUAUGAAACUAUUUCAUAAAUUAUUUACAGAAGUGCCUAGUUACUUAAACUAAAAAAAUAUUCUACAACUAAAGAUUUAAAUUAAAAAAAAAAUAGAUAUGAUUUACGGUCUUUUUGUUACCACUUUCAAUUACCAAUACAAUCCCGGGAUUAACUCUAGAUAAUCCCGAGAUUAGAUAAAUCGACCGAGAUCGAAUCCUCUUCUCGAAAUUGUGAGUACAAUAAAAGUAAAGAAAAAACUGCAAAUUGUAAGUGGUCCGCGGUUCCAGGUUUGAAAAUAAGCCACUAUUUUCAAUUCUUGGACUCCACAGGGCCCCCACACCUUUAAAUCCGGCCCUGACGUAGCCUACCUACCACUGCCUACCGUAGUCUUACCGGUAGACUACCUGUUUGUACCGUAGUAUAUGUAAAUUAUCAAAUAAAAGUCAUUUCUUAAUCUUUAUCAAUGUAUUUUUAAAAUGGCUGUUUCUGAUCCUUAGGAAUCCUUAAGAAAUUAGCAAUUAAAUAAAAAUAUAUCUGGAAAUAAAAUCAUUGUAGUUUUAAUCAACAAAAAUUAAGUAUCUAUAGUGACCAUAAUAGUAACAUACCACAAUGAAAAAAAGUAGAUAAAAUGACCAUAAACAAUGGCAAGGAAAAAAAGUUCUAAAAUUUUGAGUCGUGCAUAUAGCCUGCGCGGAUGCGCUUUUGUAACGCACAAGACGGGUUAAAAAUACCGCGGACAAAAGUUCCCCGAACUACCACGGACACCGAGGGACUGGACAGGAAAAAAGUACGCGAGAGUGCUCGAAAAAAUUAAACGUAUGUGACAGUGAGUAGUGACAAUGGCCUCAACCACGCCUUUAGUCCCCGUUGCGUGCUCGAGAGUGAUGUACGUACAGUUUGUCUAUAAAUUCGUGACAUGAAUGUUUGAGGAACUAACAUUAUUCAUGUGUCUGGCAACACCAAACUUAUGUACAUCAGCUGUCAUCGAGUUUCAGUUGUGGAACAGUUUUCCUUUUGUGUUUUUUAUUGUUUGGAUUAAACUGUAAUAAAUUAAGACGAAACUACGCAGAAAGGUAUUAAAAUGAGUAAAGUAAAUCGGAGUGGCACGCGGGAAGUGAUUUUUAAAGUUUUCCAGCGAUGUUUCGAAGACUACCAAGCUGGACGAAUUUUGUGGGAGUUGGAUGAUGUUUAUGGGCGAACAGCAUCUAUUACGGGUAUGUAAUCGUGUAACUAUGUUUUGGUAAUCUGCCUGAAGUUACAAAUUUACUCAAUUUACGAUUUUGAGAUCAAAAAAGGCAUUGUUUACAUUGCACAUUUUUAGGUUACAUUGACAUUGUAAAUAGGUAAUAUUGUAGUACGACCAUUUCUUUUGAUACGUUAUUAUGAUUCAACUCUGUCAGGUUUUCUACCAAUUUUGAAUUAAUUGCUUCAUGUCAAUAAGUUAUUGUUUCUAUUCCGUUACCUUUUUUUUUCUUUUUUGCAGGAAAAUCAGAGAGUCGGAUAGUCAACGAAGGUUUUAAGAAUGGGAAAACAGGCAAGGCCGACCAAAGAAAGAAAUGGUCACAUAAAGAACCAUAGCCAGAUGCUUUUAGUGAAGAUACCUAUAACUAAUUUUACUAACUGCACAUUUACAAAUUGUUUCUCUAAAUAAACUUUUUAUAUUCUAUAAAAUGAUUUUUAGUAAUAUUUUCUUAACAAGUGUGUUAAAAAACGUCGUAUGAUGAUACUUGUGUGUAUUGAUGAUUACCUAACGGCUCUAGUCUCAAUGGCACCUCAGCGGUAAUCACCAACAUUACACACUUGUACACUAUAAAGUACUAUUUUAUCUAUAAUAAUUUUAUUCUGUUUCAAAAAAAUAUGCUUGGUAAACUUUUUAUAAGCAUAGGUACCUACUAUAUAUAAAACAGAAACAAAAUACGACUGUAUAGUGUGUCUUAAUUACCUAUUUUACUUCAAUGAACUGCUAGUAUCAAAAUCAUUUUGGUCCGACUGUAUAGGGUUUCUACAUGCAUACUAGUGGCGCCAUCAUUUAAUGUCACGACUUUAUAGACAAACUGUACCUAUGUACAAUUUCGCAAGAAUCCAUUGUAAAAUUUUAAUUAAAUGAGUGGAAAGAAGAAAUCCCAAUUUACAUUACAAAGAUGAUCCUUUUAAUGAAACAAAUAAAAUUAUUUAUACAAGAUACAGAAAUUAUUGUAAUGCUCUUCUUAAAAAAAUCAAACGCCAGUAUGAGAGAGAAUUAUUGAAUAAAUCUAUUAAUGAUAAUAAGUUGCUGUGGAGAAACAUCACAUAUACAAGUAAAAUUAAUAAAAUAAACUCUGAUUUACUUAAUAUUAAAUCUACUCCUGCAGCGUCUGCUAAUUAUAUUAAUGAUUUCUUUGUAAAUAUUGGUAAAAACUUGGCGCAUCAAAUUCGGCCCUCAGAUGUGGAAAGUAGUAGCUAUUUGAGUAACUUACCAAAACAGUGUAACUCCUUUGUUCUUAUGGACAGUGAUCAUGGUGAGGUGAGUGAUAUAAUACAGUCCUUAAAAUAUAGCAGUGCCCCGGGAUGGGACGGUAUUCCAACCAGUUUUAUCAAAUACGCAAGAUCAUAUAUUGUUCCAAUUAUAACUCAUUUUGCUAAUCUGUGUUUUAAUAAGGGGACUUUCCCGUCGGUACUGAAACGGUCAAUAAUCAGUCCAGUUUAUAAGGCUGGGGAUAGAGACAGUGUUAAUAAUUACAGACUAAUUUCUGUGUUACCUGUAAUUUCUAAAAUUAUAGAAAAACUGUUAAAUACGAGGCUGCUUAGCUAUCUAAAUCAAUUUGACAUCUUAUCACCAUCUCAGUUUGGCUUCAGGCGAGGGAAAUCAACUGAAGAUGCAGUUUUGGCACUUACAUCGUUAGUAACUGAGCAGCUCGAUGCUCAUAAAAAAAAUAUUUCAGUAUUUUUGGAUUUACAAAAAGCUUUUGACACUGUCUCUAUACCUAUUCUGGUGAGAAAACUGGAAGCGAUCGGACUGAAGGGAGUUUCUCUUGAAUUGUUCAAAGAUUACUUGUCGGAUAGGUGGCAAAAGACAAAGUUAGAUUCCUUCACUAGUGAUGACGCAGCAGUGACAUAUGGAGUGCCUCAGGGAAGUGUCCUUGGACCUACAUUAUUCCUUAUUUAUAUCAAUGAUCUUUGUGCCAUGAACAUUAAGGAUGCAAAAAUUUUGUCGUACGCUGAUGACACUGCCAUUGUUUUUAGUGCAGACUCUUGGGAUGCUGUAAGGGAAACAACCGAGAGCGACUUGAAACAGAUAAGCAAGUGGUUACGUAAUAAUUUUCUUACACUCAACACUGCUAAAACAAAUAUCUGAUUCAGUCUAUAUAAUGACGGACAACCAAACAAUGAUUUUUGUUUAAAGAUACAUGGCUGUAAUUUUAUAAUAGAUGGAGUUAAUUGUAACUGUCCGGUUCUUCAAAAGGUUGAGAAUGUUAAAUAUUUGGAUGUCUAUGUGGAUCAGAGAUUAUCUUGGUAUCAGCAUUUAGAACAUGUAACUUUAAGACUCAGAAAGCUUACUUGGAUUUUCAAGACACUCAGGUAUAUAGUACCAGUCCCAAAAAAGGAUAAGGGUGAUUGUGGUUCGGUAAGAGAUCUCCUUAAAGAAAUUUGUUUCGUUGGCCCAAUCUAUAUUGACAUUAUGCGUUUUAUUGAUGUUGAGCGCGCUCAGCGAAGUCUCUUUAAGGUCAUGUAUUUUAAAAAAAGGCGAUUUUCUACUGAGUGCCUCUACAAAAUUAGCAAUUUAUUAUCUGUAAGGAAGCUGUACAUAGUUCAUAUUAUUCUAAAAAAACAUAUGUCUCUAACGUAUGACCCUAAGAUUUCAAAAAAAAGGUAAAUUUAAAAAAUCAAAAAACCCGACUGCUUAAUUAUACUUCAAAUAAAAACUGAAAAGAAAAAAACAAGUCCAGUAGUCUAUAAUUCUGUUAAUAAGGAACAAAGCUAUUUUAAC